CGGAUGUCUGUACAUGGUAAAUGUUUUUGUCAUGUUUCGUCAUACUUUCAAAAUCGUUAUAGCCUUUAUUCCUAGAAAAUUACAGUUUCACAAACUAAGUUUUCAAAAACACGACUAACAUGAAAGAUGGAUGGAAGUGAACAGAUAAAAGAUGAGAGAGAUAAAGAGAAGUUUGAAUUCUGGGAGAAAGUUCUACAGAGGGCCAAGUAUGUGGUGGCACCAAUGGUUGACCAAAGUGAGUUAGCAUGGAGAAUGCUAAGCAGACGUUAUGGUGCUCAGUUGUGUUAUACCCCAAUGUUCCAUGCCUCUGUGUUCAUCAGAGAUGAAAACUACCGCAAAGAAGCAUUACUUUCAUGCCCAGAAGAUAGACCACUUAUAGUUCAGUUUUGUGCCAAUGAUCCGAAUAUAUUUCUAAAAGCAGCAUUACUAGCUCAGGAUAGCUGUGACGCUAUAGACCUCAAUCUUGGAUGCCCGCAGUCCAUCGCUAAACGAGUUAUACUUACAGAAGGUAAUUUACAUAAUCCUGCAUUGUUUAGUGGCCUGCAGCCGAAUAUAUGCGAGAUGAGUGAACAGUACUUCAUUAUGGUCAAUAAAUACCCGUGCCCUCUCUCGUAUAUUCGAGGUCAUCUCUUCAAACUAUGGCAUCAUGCUUUACAAGUACAUAUUGAUCUGAGGACAGACCUUGCCAGGGCAAAGAAUCUGGAAUCUAUAAAACAAGUCAAUGAUGAGUUGAAAAAAAGAUGUCAAGAAGACAUGAAAACUAGUAAUGGUUUAUUAAAUGGAAAACUGCCACUGCCUUACUGGAUUUGUCAGCCAUUUGUCAGAACCAGUCCUGCUGAAUCCAAGAAAAUGAAACAAGAGAAGUCAUUGAAGAGACCUUUGGCAUCUAUUGGAGACCAAGAUAGAAAUUAUGAAGGGUUAUCCAAAAAUCAAAUAAAGAAGAGGAUGAGAAAUCCUUCCAUCAAAUUUGAUAGUAAUGGGCAAAAAAAAGGAAAACAGUAUCAAAAAUGUGUUAACUGUGGUAAUCCCAAGGGAUUGAGAUGCAUCUUUGAACUUUGUAGAUCUUGUUGUAAAAAUAAAGCACACAAAAUGAUGGCUGACUGUCCAGGGCACCAUCUCUAUUUUAAAUCCAAACAAGAGAAAAGAUUGAAAUGGGAGGCUGAACAGAAGGAAAAAGAAAGAUUAUCUCAGGAACUUGAAUGUCAUGUUACUGAACUUGAAAUAGAAUCUAUUACAGAAAGUGAUCAAAGUCAGGAUAAAGAAAUACAGCAAACUGAAAGCACUAAACUACUAAGCCAAGACUUGCCUUCACAAUAA